UUCAGCGUGACUGUCCCGCCCUGGAGCGGAUGUGACGCCCUUUUUUUCUUUCCUUUUCUUUCUUCUUGCUCUGCUUUGGCGAGGGGCCCUGGCGAGGCGCUCGGGGCUGCGAGGCCCGCGAGGACCAUGCGGCGGCUGGUGGCGGUGCUGGGCCUCCUCCUCCUCUUGCCAGGCGGGCAGGGCGCUGCCUGCGGAACCAGCAGGUGCUGCUUUGAGGACCUGCCGUAUCCAGAUGUGGACUCAGGCUCCACCUCCGGCCCCACGGACCUGGCCUGCUAUCGCGUAGCCAGCGCCAGUCAGUACGAAUGCUCCUGGCGCUAUGAGGGUCCCACGGCCGGGGUCAGCCACUUCCUGCGGUGCUGCCUGCACACGGGCCGCUGCUGCUACUUCGAGGCGGGCGGGGAGACCCAGCUGCAGUUCUCCGACCAGGACGAGGUGCCCGUGCUCCACAACGUCACGCUCUGGGUGGAGUCGCGGGCGGGGAACCGCACAGAGAAGUCGCCCAGCGUCUCCCUGAAGCUGUACAACUGGGUCAGAUAUGACCCUCCUCUGGGAGACAUCAGGGUGUCCAGGGCAGCAGAGCAACUGAGGAUGGAGUGGGAGAGCCCCGGGGACAGAGCCCAGGUGCAGUUCCAGCACCGGACACCAAGCAGCUCCUGGAAAUUGGGUGACUGUGGACCUCAGGAUGCUUCUGGCCUAGAGUCCUGCCUGUGUCCUCUGGAGGUGGACAUGGCCCAGGAAUUCCAGUUACGGCGACGGCGGCUGCUGGGGUCAGGUGCCCCAGGAGGUCCCUGGAGUAGCUGGAGCAGCUCUGUGUGCAUCCCUCCUGCGACGCUCCCGCGGCCUGAAGUGAGUCUCUCGGUGCAACAACUGGGCCACGACGGGAGGAGGCAGCUGGACGUGUGUGGGCAGCCACCCCAGGUGGCGCUUCCAGAAGGCUGCCGCGAAGCCGCCCCUGGCGCCCAGGUGAGCUACUUCGUCCGGCUGCACAUGCUGUCCUGCUCCUGUAAGGCCAAGGCCGUGAGGACCCUGCGCCUGGGGAAGGAGCUCUCCCUCUCCAGUGCCGCCUACGACGUGGCCGUCUUCGCCCGGAGUCGCUUCGGCCGGGGUCCCAACAAGACCUGGCAUGUCCCUGCCUACACCAGCCCAGACCCAGGGCCCCUGAAUGUCAGCGUCGGGGCUGAGGGGACCACCCUGCGCUGGCCGGCCCGGGCCCCGGGCACCACCUACUGCAUCGAGUGGCAGCCGCAGGACCCGGAGGGCAGCCCUGCCCACUGCACGCUGAGUGCCGCCCAGGACCAGGCCUCCGCUGGAGCAGCCGCCCACACCUGGAGCCAAGCAGCGGGGGCCAUGCGGCAGGGCGGGUGUCACCACAUCGCCAUCUUGGCCUCCACGCGCCCCGAGAAGCCCACCUCCUGGUCGACGGUCCUGUCCACCCACUACUUCGGGGGCAACGCCUCCAUGGCCGGGAUCCCGCGCCACGUCUCCGUGAGGAAUCACAGCCGGGACUCGGUGUCUGUGGACUGGUCACCGUCGCCGCUGAGCACCUGCCCCGGUGUCCUGAAGGAGUAUGUUGUGCACUGCCAAGACGAAGACAGCCACCAGGUGUCAGAGCGUCACGUGAAGCCCCCGCAGACCCAGGUCACCCUGCGGGGCCUGCGCGCCGGCGCGGCCUACACGGUGCAGGUGCGGGCGGACACGGCGUGGCUGCGGGGCGCCUGGAGCCAGCCCCAGCGCUUCCGCACCCAAGUCCAGAUUUCCACUGCGUCCAUCCCGCUCGUGUCCCUGGGGAGCUUCGUGAGCAUCCUCCUCCUGGGCGUCCUUGGGUACCUCGGCCUGAACAGGGCCACGCGGUACCUGUGGCCACCCCUGCCCACACCCCGUGUCAGCACUGCUGUGGAGUUCCCUGGCAGCCAAGGGAAGCAGCCCUGGCAGUGGCCCAUCCCAGUGGAUGUCCCUGAAGAGGUGUCCCGUCGAGAGACCUUGGUGGUGGAGGUGUCCUGGAACACAGGCGAGGGGACUGAGCCUCUGGAGGCGAAGACGAAGACGGAACUGCCCUGGGGGGUCCCAGAGCCAGCCCGGGACACGGCGCUGUCCUCGGAGGACAAGAGACAGGUGCCAGGAGGCUCGGAGGCCAAGGUCCUGGGGCCGGGCAGGCAGGACGGCCCGGGUAGCAGCCCCGCCCGGGCGGCUAGGCUCCCCUUGCUCCUGGAGGACGUGAGGCACAGACCCCCGGAGUUCGGUGACUCUUGGUGGAGGCGGAGGCCUGAGGAAGAAAUGGGGACACCCACCUCGUGUUCCAGGCGGGAGGACUGAUGGCAGUCACGGAGACCCGGCAUCCAGGGCCUCCCUUCCCCACGCUGACGUGAGCCCUUGAAUUCCCACGCCUGGCCUCGAGGUGCCAUGCCAGGUCAGGGAUGUGACCACUGAGGCUCAGAGUGGGCGAUGCCUUGCCACACAGCAUGGAGGACACUCAAACUCAGCCCGAGUUUCCCAGAAAUUGCCCCCACCACCCAGUCUCUGGCGCCCCGCCUUCCACCCUAACCUCGAGGUUCCAAACUGAUUGCCACACAUCCUGUGACGAACCCUAGAAACCACCAGGAAACCAGCCGCUGGGCCCCGCCAGGCCUGACCUCCACGGGCAGGGACAGGCCCUGUCACUGGCCUGUUAUGCUGGGGAAAGUCUGGCGGGUGGGGCUGUGGAGGUUGUUCUCAGAGGGUCCUCUUCCAAGAGCACUGGACGGGGACUCUGUGGCGGACUCCACAGGGCAUUGUGGGGUCUGGAGCUUGGCGAAGCCCAAGAAGGGGAAGAGGGAGGAUCUAAGCGUUCCGGGGAAACCGAUGGCCGCUCCCGGCCUCAGUCUUCGCCUGUAAAAUGGGCUAACACAGGCCGACCUCACAGAGCUUUUGGAGGGGCAGAGGCUUAAUAAACGAGCCAUCUCUUGGUGGCUC